AUGCUUUCCUUCAUUCAUUCUUUCUUUUCUAUCUUUCUUAAUUAUUUUCUUUGCUUUCUUUCUUUCCUUCCGCCUUUCAAUAUUUCCUUUCUUUCUUCAUUCUUUUAUACCUUCCAUCAUUCUUUCUUUCUUUUUCUUUCUUUCUUUCUUUCUUUAUUUCUUUCCUUCAUUUUCUCUUUCCUUAUUCAUUUUUCAUGCCUUCCUUCAUUCAUUUAUUCUUUCUUUCUUUCUUUCUUUUUUCUUUCUUUCUUAAUUACAUUUUUGCUUUCUUCUUCUGUUCUUUCAUUCUUUCCUUUCUCAUUUCUUUCCUUCUUUCCUUCCUCCCUUCAUUCUUUCUUUCCUUCUUCAUUUUUUCAUGUCAUACUUCAUUCUUUCUUUCUUUCUUUCUUUGUUUCUUUCGUCCUUUCUUUCGUCCUUUCUUUCCUCCCUCCUUGCCUUCUUUCCUCCCUCCAUUUAUUCUUUCUUUCCUUCUUCUUUCUUUCUUAA